CCUUUUCCUUCCAUUCAACUUUGCCCUACAAGUCCCAUGAUGCUCAGAGACGAAGUUCUCUAGUUGCCAUAGUAGCAAAGAUCUAAACAGCCACCUCUUUGCCAACGAAGCCCAAGAACCGGUAACGGAAUAAACGGACCUCGGGUAGAAGCCUCUGUCUGGGCAUCGUGGGGAGGAAGUUUAAACCCUGCGUGCUUGGCGGGAGCUUCGACUUUUGUUCUCUGGGCAGUCGAGGAGUGCUUGGUUCGGGUUGUGGUGCCAUUUCCUUUGGGAAAUAAAGUAUAAUUGAUAGACUUCCCUGCCAUUGGUGGAAUGAUGGCUUCUGAUCAUACAGCCCUUCAUCAUAUUGUCCAAGAGGAUAAAACGUCUCGGCAAUGCAGAAAAAGAGGAAGCUCAAACGAUUCUCCAGGUAGGCUUAGUAAGAGCACCAACAGUCAAGACAGUAGCUGUAGCAAACAUUCCAGCAAGCCUGGAAGUGCUCAGUUUACUUACUCUAAUGACUUUCAUGAUAAUGCUUCAAGAACAGCUGUCAAUGGCAGCAAGAACAGUAUUUGUUCAGAAGAGAACAUCUGUGGAACGUCUCUGAACUACUAUCACGAAGAUUUUCACUCGGAUGCCUCUGAAACCUCCAUAAGUGAAGAGAGUGGCAGCUACAUCAUCCCAUUGCCCGAAACACCAAAAACUAAUGAGCGGAAUUUACCAGAAAAGAAAAAGAAAAAGGUCCAUACAAAAGGAGGUAAAAUGUUGCCUAAAAAGAAACCUCAGCAAAAGAGCUCAUAUAUUACUGACCAUACCAUCAAUGCCCAGGAGAAAAAUAACAUGACUUGCCGUCUCUUGUCAGCAAGAGACCAUCAAAUUAAAGAACUGAAAAACCAAGUGGCUGUUUUGCAGAAUAGAUUGGAGACCUUUAUUACGGAAAAUAAAAUGUUGAAGCAUCUUCAGUCUCAACAGUUAAAAGCAAUUACAAAAUAUGAAAAUGCUGAAAUUAAGCUGCCUGAUCUUUUGGCCACGCAGGCCAAUGAAGUGCAGACUCUGAGAGUACUUCUCAGGAAAUCUCAGGAAGAAGAGCGCAGGGCUUCCCAGAAGCUAAGAAACGUUGAGGCACAACUCUUAAAAACCACGGAUGCCUUGCGGGCACUACAGAAACUUUGUAUAGACAAAAAACUUGAAGAGAGAGAAGAACUUCAGCACAAAUUAAGAUCACUUACCCAAAAACUGGAAGCUAGGGAUAAGAAAACUCAGGAUUUGGAAAAGCAGCUGUCAUUGAAUACUGCUUCUUUUAGACACCAGUUAGCAGUUGAGAGAAAGAAGACUAUUGAAGCUCGGUCGAUGACAGCAAAUUUGCACGUAGAAAUCGAGUCGCUGAAGCUCAAACUUAAGGAAAGAGAAAGAGAACUAAGCAUUACAAAUAUUUAUGCACACCGGAUGCGCAAAGGUCAGCCAGAGAAAGCCGAUCCAUGUUCUUCUCCAAAAGGUCCCUUAAUCAACCCCAAAAUAACAUGCAGCAGAAGACCAAGGAACAGGCAACAGGGUGAAAUAACCAACUGUAUAGAAGAUUCUGUCACCAAUUAUGAGCCUGCAUUUGCCAGAUUUCCAAAGGAAAGACAAAAAGACACUUCUUCAACUCCCGGUGAAGAAAACAGUCACAAGAUACCACCUGGGAAAAAAAGGCUUCGUUUGGAAAAAUUGUUUGGGCCAAACUGCAUUUUAAAUACCAAAUGAUGGCUUGCAUUAUUUGAUUCCAGUCAAGCUCAUAGAACUAAUAGAUAUCAGAUAGUAUUAGGACUAGGACAUAUUAGGUAGUCGAUAUUAGUGUUAGAAGUAGGAUAUAUUUGAUCGUAGAUAUUAGAUCGUUUAGAACUAAGUGAUGUUAGAUAGUUAAUGUUAGCAUUAGAACUAAACGUUGUUAGAUUACUAUUAAAAUUAGGCAAUAUUAGAUAGUAGAUAUGAGUUAGUAUUAGAACUAAGCAAUAUUAAAUAGUAGAUAUUAAUAUUAGAACUAGGAUAUAUUAGAUAAUAGAUAUUAGUAUUAGAGCUAGGAUAUAUUAGAUAAUAGAUUUUGGAUGGUAUGAGAACUAGGAGAUAUUAGUAAUUUCUGUCGUUAUUAUUGAAAUAAGCAGCACAUAAAACUCUAUUUUGUGAA